ACACUCAGCAAAGUGUACAGGUCACUUUAGGACCGGUGUCGAUAGACUGAAGUUUCAAACCAUGGAACCUGCCAUGUCUCUUCCGGACCUAUCUAAUCCAGAUAGAAGUUCUUUAAAGCAGAGUGUAAAAACCAAACAAUCCAAUGGUCAUCCAAAAGGAAUUAUAGUGAUGGUGACAUCCGACGAUGUCGAAGAACAGAAACCCAAGAAAAGUUCUCCGCGGGAAAGAAAUUCUACGGAGCUUCAACUAUUAUCUAUUCCAGAUGGAAGUUGCACUCAUAAUUGUCGUAGACAUUCCUAUCAAGUGGACAUGAAUGAACGUCACCAUCGCAAACAUCACAAGAGGAGCAGGAAAGGUUCUUAUCCGGAAACGGAACUGUACAGGGGACGAGUGGUUCCUGAUAUAUCCAGUGAUACCUUAUCAACUAGCAGUUGUCGCCAUUCCUCCAGGUGUUCCAGCAUUAGUAGUGUCAAUCACAGCAGGAGAUCGUCCCAUUCCGAUUGCGGCUCUCAGAGACGAGCUUCUUGUCAAAGUUAUCAUCAUCGAAGAAGUAGUCAUUCUAUAUCCGGAGGAAGUAGUCACAGUCGGAGACCAUCUGCAGCUCCUUCUAUAGCUAAAGAAGAGCAGAACAGUCCUGAAAAUCGGAGAAGAAGGACUAUCAUCUUCCUAAUUGGUUUUGUAUCAUGUUUCAUCUUACUCACUAGUGUUAUUUUGAUAGCCGUUAGCCUAACCCUUUCUCCAACCAUAGACGAGUUAGUUCGUAAAGAAAACGAAGAGAUGUUUCGAGGUCUAACAUCGUCAGGAACAUCUACUUCAACCGAAGCCGAGACAAACAACCAAACCAUGAUUCCUUCAACAGUUCAUCCGAGCUGAAAGCAAAACUAAUCAUCAGAAUAAUGAACAGUAACUUUCGUGUACGGAAACACGUUAAUUCUCGAUAAGUAUGUGCAGUAUUUUUGUUUUGUUUUUUUAAAAUUUAGUCUUCAUUCAUUCGUCAUGGAUGAUGAGAAAAAAAACCGAUAAUUCUAUUCUGUGAGAUAGAUUUAAACACGAUAAAUGAAGCAAUAAUUGCUGUUGUUCAUUUAGUUUUACACGCUUUUAAAUUUAAUGUAGUUGUAAAUUGCAAUUAGCUUUAUUUUGUCAACCAGAAAUUUAUAAAAAGAUAAGAAAAAGUUAUAAAUAAUGGAAGAUAUUUUGUCGCGUUUAAAGAAUAUAAACCUAUAAUUAUUUUUAUAAUUAUAAUGGUUACUAUGUAAAUAAACUAGAAUAUUUUAGAAUAUUUAAAAUUUGAACUAGAAAUAUUUAGUAAAAGAAAAUGUUGUACAUCUCCAGAUAUUUCCAAAUCUCUAUAUGUUAUAUACCAGUUGAAUGUUGAAUGUUAUGGUUUAAUUACUAGUAAAGAAAUUAAUUGUUCUUCUUUUUGUAUCAUCAGAAAAUACAAACUUGGUGCCUGUAGCUCAUUAAACUUGAUGAUAGAACAUUGUUACGAAAAAUAAAUGAUUAUAUUUAAACAUAUUUCUAUAAAACGAAAGGAGAAAUAUAUUUAAAUAUUUAAAAUGAUGUAAACUUCAAAUUGUAUUAAUAAAUU